AUGGUGGUGUCCACAGGAGUCAAAGUUCCUGGUAAUUUUCGCUUGCUGGAAGAACUUGAAGAAGGACAAAAAGGAGUAGGUGAUGGUGCGGUUAGCUGGGGCCUUGAAGAUGUUGAAGAUAUGACACUUACAAGGUGGACAGGCAUGAAUAUGGGGCCACCAAGGGUGGAUGCACGAAGUAUACCAGUAUUAGCACAAUGGCAAAAUUCAUAUAGCAUUAAAGUUGUACUUCAGGAGCUAAGACGUCUAACAGUGUCCAAAGAAAAUAUGAAGCUUCCACAGCCACCAGAAGGACAAACAUACAACCAUUAA